CAGGUCGGCGCCGAUACUCUCGGUCCGGGCGCUUCCCCGCCGGGCCGGGGGAUUGGCUCUGCGACCGCUUCGUCCCAGAAUGCAGCGCAUGGCGCGUCAUUGAAGAGAGACCAUGAUGGCGGCGGCCGUGGCUGCGGGGGGGGCUCCUGAGGUGAUCGCUCAGCUGGAGAACGCGGCCAAAGUGCUCAUGGCACCACCUUCCAUGGUCAAUAAUGAACAACGCCAGCAUGCCGAGCACAUAUUCUUAUCAUUUAGAAAAUCAAAAUCACCAUUUGCUGUUUGCAAGCAUAUUUUGGAAACUAGUAAAGUGGACUAUGUCCUUUUUCAAGCUGCCACAGCAAUAAUGGAAGCAGUUGUGCGAGAAUGGAUUCUCUUGGAAAAAAGUAGCAUCGAGUCACUGCGAACAUUCCUUUUAACCUAUGUCUUACAAAGACCUAACCUUCAAAAGUAUGUUCGGGAGCAGAUUCUAUUAGCAGUAGCAGUAAUAGUGAAACGAGGAUCAUUAGACAAAUCGAUUGACUGCAAGAGCAUUUUCCAUGAAGUCAGCCAGUUGAUAAGCAGUGGUAACCCCACUGUGCAAACUUUGGCCUGUUCCAUUUUAACGGCUUUGUUGAGCGAGUUCUCAAGUUCAAGUAAAACCAGCAACAUUGGACUAAGCAUGGAGUUCCAUGGUAACUGCAAACGAAUAUUUCAGGAGGAUGACCUUCGGCAGAUCUUCAUGCUAACAGUAGAGGUACUACAGGAAUUCAGCAGACGUGAAAACCUCAAUGCUCAGAUGUCUUCAGUGUUUCAGCGUUAUCUUGCACUAGCCAAUCAGGUCUUAAGCUGGAACUUUCUUCCUCCAAAUUUGGGCAGACAUUAUAUAGCUAUGUUUGAAUCCUCACAAAAUGUGAUGCUAAAGCCAACAGAGUUGUGGCGUGAAACCCUCCUGGACAUCAGAGUUAUGGAGCUUUUCUUUACAGUACAUCGAAAAAUCAGAGAGGAUACAGAUAUGGCACAAGACUCUCUACAGUGCCUAGCACAGCUAGCUUCUCUGCAUGGGCCAGUCUUUCCUGAUGAAGGUUCACAAGUUGAUUAUCUGGCACAUUUCAUUGAAGGAUUGCUGAAUACUAUCAAUGGAGUUGAAAUAGAGGACUCUGAAGCAAUGGGAAUCUCCAGUGUUUUCAGCAACCUGAUAACUGUGUUUCCUCGCAAUGUUUUAACUGCCAUUCCAAAUGAACUUUUCUCUUCAUUUGUUAACUGCCUCACACACCUCACCUGUUCUUUUGGGAGAAGUGCUGCACUGGAAGAAGUGCUUGACAAAGAUGACAUGGUAUACAUGGAGGCAUAUGAUAAAUUGCUGGAAUCCUGGCUUACCUUGGUACAAGAUGACAAACAUUUCCACAAAGGCUUCUUUACCCAACAUGCUGUUCAGGUUUUUAAUUCUUAUAUUCAGUGCCACCUAGCUGCUCCUGAUGGUACAAGGAAUUUGACUGCCAAUGGUGUAGCCUCUCGGGAGGAAGAAGAAAUAAGCGAACUGCAGGAAGAUGAUCGAGACCAGUUCUCUGACCAGCUGGCCAGUGUAGGCAUGCUAGGAAGAAUUGCUGCAGAACACUGUAUACCUCUUCUUACAAGUUUAUUAGAAGACAGAGUGACAAGGCUCCAUGGUCAGUUACAAAGACAUCAGCAGCAGUUACUUGCCUCACCAGGAUCAGGGUCAAUUGACAAUAAAGUGCUUGAUGACCUGUAUGAGGAUAUUCAUUGGCUUAUUUUAGUCACAGGCUACCUCUUAGCUAAUGAUACUCAGGGAGAGACUCCAUUAAUACCUCCAGAAGUAAUGGAAUAUUCCAUUAAGCAUUCAACUGAGGUUGACAUCAAUACAACACUUCAGAUCCUGGGAUCUCCAGGAGAAAAGGCCUCUUCCAUCCCAGGGUACAACAGAACUGAUUCUGUAAUUAGGUUAUUAUCUGCUAUUCUAAGAGUUUCAGAAGUAGAAUCUCGAGCAAUAAGGGCGGAUCUAACACACCUUCUGAGUCCACAAAUGGGAAAAGAUAUUGUAUGGUUUCUUAAGCGUUGGGCAAAGACCUAUCUCCUAGUGGAUGAAAAACUGUAUGACCAGAUAAGUCUACCAUUUAAUACAGCAUUUGGUGCAGACACAGAGGGUUCCCAGUGGAUUGUGGGUUACCUCUUAGAAAAAGUAAUCAGUAACCUGGCAGUAUGGAGUUCUGAGCAGGACCUUGCAAAUGACACUGUACAGUUGCUAGUAACAUUAGUGGAAAGGAGAGAGAGGGCAAAUUUAGUAAUUCAGUGUGAGAAUUGGUGGAAUUUAGCUAAGCAGUUUGCGAGGCGAAGCCCACCUCUUCACUUUUUGUCCAGUUCUGUGCAGAGAACACUAAUGAAAGCUCUAGUUUUAGGAGGUUUUGCUCAUAUGGACACAGAUACAAAACAGCAAUACUGGACAGAGGUACUUCAGCCACUUCAGCAGCGAUUCUUGAAUGUGAUAAAUCAAGAAAACUUUCAACAGAUCUGUCAAGAGGAGGAGGUGAAACAAGAAAUCACUGCCACACUAGAAGCACUUUGUGGCAUUGCUGAGGCUACCCAGAUAGAUAAUGUAGCAAUACUCUUUAACUUUCUGAUGGACUUCCUUACCAAUUGCAUUGGAUUAAUGGAGGUGUACAAAAACACACCAGAGACUGUUAACCUCAUAAUAGAAGUUUUUGUUGAAGUUGCACAUAAACAAAUAUGCUAUCUCGGAGAGUCCAAAGCCAUGAAUUUGUAUGAGGCCUGCCUGACUCUACUUCAAGUAUAUUCCAAGAAUAAUUUAGGUCGGCAGCGAAUAGAUGUUACAGCAGAAGAGGACCAAUACCAGGAUCUUCUUCUUAUUAUGGAGCUUCUUACUAACCUUCUGUCAAAAGAAUUUAUAGAUUUCAGUGAUACAGAUGAAGUAUUUAGAGGACAUGAGCCAGGACAAGCUGCAAAUAGAUCGGUGUCAGCAGCAGAUGUAGUCUUAUAUGGGGUUAAUCUAGUUCUGCCAUUAAUGUCACAGGAUCUGCUGAAAUUUCCAUCUCUGUGUAAUCAGUACUACAAAUUAAUCACCUUCAUCUGUGAGAUAUUUCCUGAGAAAAUUCCUCAGCUUCCAGAAGACCUUUUUAAGAGCCUAAUGUACUCAUUGGAGUUAGGGAUGUCGUCGAUGAGUUCUGAGGUUUGCCAACUCUGUCUGGAAGCUUUAACACCAUUAGCAGAACAGUGUGCAAAAGCACAGGAAACAGACUCAUCACUAUUUCUAGCAACAAGGCACUUUCUUAAGAUGGUCUUUGAUAUGCUGGUACUACAAAAGCACAAUACAGAGAUGACAACUGCAGCAGGUGAAGCAUUCUACACAUUAGUGUGUUUGCAUCAGGCUGAAUAUUCAGAACUAGUUGAAACAUUACUAUCAAGUCAACAAGAUCCAGUCAUUUACCAGCGGUUAGCAGAUGCAUUCAACAAGCUUACUGCAAGCAGCACUCCUCCUUCACUGGACCGUAAGCAGAAGAUGGCCUUCCUAAAGAGUUUAGAAGAAUUUAUGGCAAAUGUUGGUGGACUCCUCUGUGUAAAAUAAACAACAACAAAACUCUAUGCCUAAUUUAGACCCUUUCUGCAAAAUGCACUGAGAAAUGCUGAAAGCUGACUAAACCUUGUACCUGUUUCUGGGUUCUUUGCAGCCAUCUCAGAUUUUAGAGAGCCUGGAAGUUUGAUAUAACACAGUUGAAUAGGAGAGGUCAACUUUGAAUCAGCUUCUGCUAUUGUGUUAGUCACAAUCUGUCAUUACUUGUAUGUUGUAGAGAAUGAACAAAAAAUUGAAAUUUAAAAGAAAAUUCCAUAUAUGUGCAAACAGAUAUGGGCACAGUGAAAAAUAGUGCCUUUUCCCCAUUAGCUUAAAACAUAAGUGGCUGGACAAACUUUUAAAGAUUUUUUUUUUUUUUCUGAAAACCAUAUUAGAGUAUGAUGUAGACACAUACAAAACUGUCAACCGUGUAGCUGAUUGAAGCUUUAUUUUUUCUCUCUGAAGAUUGAGUUUAUGAUCCAAGGGAAAAACACCAAAUGGUAUUUUUUUAACUUGUGUUUAGUUUUGGUUUUCUACAUCACCUGAUGUUGCAUGUUUUAUGUAAUACAGGUUUCUACAUUAUAUUCUGCUGCCUAAAGUUCAGAAGGAAAAAGGUGUAUAUUUUUGUUCCCCUAAAAUGAACUUUAGGAACUGUAGCCAUUUCAUUGCCUUAAUUUAAAACAAAACAAAAAAAAGUGAUAUACUUUAGACAAGAAAUCUAAGGCAACAUUUGAGUCUUCAGAGUUGGUUCAGGAUGUUGGCAUUAAGCUGCUGUGUACCUGUUGCAGCCCUUUUUGUUGACAUGUGUUAUGUUGGGGUGUGAGUCUAAUGCAACAUUCAUGUGUAGUUUUACUUUCACUAUCUGUUUUAAUCCACAUCCAAGUCACGCACAGCUGCAACGUAUUUCUACACUGAACUGUUUGCUUAAGCAAUAACAAUUCAAAGGGUGUAAAUUAUUGAUUUAUACAAACUGUUUUUAAGUUGGGGCAUUAGAUAAAAUAAUUAUGCUAGACUAGGGGUUUCAAACUCUAUUUUACCCAAGGGCCAUAUACAUUUGAUUCAAGGGUUGGAAAGAUAAUUAGGAUUUGUGGUGAUUUUUUUCCACCAUCACCUCCAGAUUUGUGGUGCUCUCCUCUGCUCUCACUCAGUUUUGUGUGUCAGCACUUGAGAAGUUAAGAUGUACAUACAUUUCAUCCUGCCAACUGAUAGACGGAUAUAGUGGAACAACAAGGGAGAGUAACACAAGAAUACGGAAGCAAGGCAUACUUUGCCAGUAGUCAUAAACCUGACAAAACUGAGGCAAACGCACAUUCUGCAUGCCAGAUAAAAUUGCUUUUUGUGAGGGGUGUGGGUGGGGAAGAAUUUGGCCCUUGGGCCUUGUGCUUGAUACCUCUGCUAAAUUGUGCUGUUGAAUGUUUUCCAUGUGGUUUUUACAUUUAUAUAAAAUGUACAGAAUAUACACCUUUACAGUGCUGUGUAUAGCAUCAUGUUUGCAACUCUGUGCCAUCCUUCAGCUGUUCAUCUCAAAACCAAUCAUAUUACCCAAAAUGGCAUAAGUCUGUAGCACUGUGCUAGUCAUAGUGAUUCAGGACGUACUUUUUGAGUUAAAUUCAUGCAUGUAACAAUGUGAAUGGAAUACAAGGGCAGAAAGUGCCAUCUUUUCAACAGAAUUUUUUCACUUUUAUUUUAAUCCACUGUUAAUAUGAAAACUGGGCUGAAGCAAACACACACUUUAAAAGGUAACCAUAAAAUUUGUUAGACAACAUCCCUUCACAGUUAAUAUUGUAUAUCGUCUAUUUGAAC